UCCUUCAAAAUCUCAAAAACCACUCUCUCUCUCUCUCUCUCUCUCUCUCUCUCUCUCUCUCUCGAUCACACCGAGAAAACCAAACUCCUCCUCCGCCUCUCUCUCCGUCGCCUUCUCCGGCAACUUCAUCCUCCAAGCGAAGCAGCCCCUCCAAUCAAGGGUUCCAUCUUCAGCUCCAUCUAUUCAACCUGUGCAGGAAUCGAGCAAUUAGGUUGUGAUCAAGCUCUUACAGAUUAGAGGAGCAGGGGCUGUAAGUGAGGAUGAGUUUGCAACAAGCUGGGCAGCCUAAAUCAUCUAAUGGAUAUGGCCGUCGAAAAUCUGAAAGAGAAGGAGCAAUUAAGUCAGAGAAUAAGAUCCCAUCUGGAAAAUUAAAUGCCAGCAGAUUGGCAAGUACAGUUUUUACAGGUGCUGUGAUUGGAAGUAAAGGUGGUACUUAUGAGAGUCCUUCACAUGAUCGACUAGUAUAUGUGACAACAUGUCUUAUUGGGCACCAGGUGGAAGUCCAGGUGAAAAAUGGAUCUAUAUACUCUGGAAUAUUUCAUGCAACAAAUGCUGACAAAGAUUUUGGAAUCAUUUUGAAAAUGGCUCGCUUGACAAAGGAUGGUUCUUUAAGAGGGCAGAAGUCUGCUGCAGAAUUUGUCAGCAAGGCUCCUUCAAAGAUUUUAAUUAUACCUGCCAAAGAACUUGUACAAGUCAUAGCACAGGGUGUUGCUGUUACUAGGGAUGGUCUACCUAGUGAAUCUCAUCAUGAUAUGCAUCAGGAAAUCAUGGUUGAUUCAUCGAUAUCUCAAUCUCGUCAUGUUGAGCUAGGGAGAGAAUUAAAACCCUGGGUACCUGAUGAAGAUGAUCCACAAUGCCCUGAACUGGAAAAUAUCUUUGAUGGCCAUUGGAAUAGGGGAUGGGAUCAGUUUGAAACAAAUGAGACAUUGUUUGGUGUGAAAAGCACAUUCAAUGAGGAACUCUAUACAACAAAGCUUGAAAAAGGGCCUCAUACAAGAGAAUUGGAAAAGAAAGCUUUAAGAAUGGCAAUAGAAAUUGAGGGUGAGGAAACCCAAGAUCUUCAUCGUGCAGAGGAAAGAGGCCUUCACUUAAAUGAAGAUUUUGAGAUUGAUGAAGAAACUAGAUUCUCUUCAGUCUAUAGGGGUAAAGAUGUUGAUGAUAGUGGAUAUGACGAAAAUGAGGACAUACUGUUGGACUCACACAAUUCUGAAACUUUUGAUGGUAUAUUUGGUUCGGUCAUUAAGAGGCCUGGUGAAAUAAGUUGUGGAAAAGGCAAUGAUGGAGCUCAAACAUUGGCAAGUUCCUCCUCCGUGGAUCACCCACAGUCGUCUCAGUCAAGUACUGGUGUGGAUUUAAGCCGCUCUGGUUCCUAUGAUCAUGCUAAGCAGUUAGCAUCUGACCUCCCUGCUAAAAGCUACUCAUCUUUGGAUGGGGAAAACAGGAUUCAGGAGAACUCGGUUAGUAAUCUUCAUGGAGCAAAUGGUAGUACUAAGGAAGAAAAUCAGAUACAAGCUGAGGAUGUUCAACUGUCAAAAUCUGAGGAUUCACUGGCAUCACUCUACUUGAAGAAAGAUGGCUCUGAUAAAGGGAUAUUAUCUCCUAAUGCCAACUCCUAUUCCCCUUCAUCUCAUAUUUUAUCAAAAACUCACGAGAAGACGGGAUUACCUGGGGAUUUGUCUGAGGGUUCAGCAUCUGGCAAAGUUAAUGGGGAAACAAAGUCUGUAAAUUCACGUAGGACAUCAUCCGGUUUAGAUACUGUGGGAGGUGUGGCAGCAUCUUCUGGUCCUGGUUUAUCUCCUAGUUCAUCAGUUGGUUCAUUUUCUUCUGAUAGAUCGACAUUGAAUCCCAAUGCCAAGGAAUUCAAGCCUAACCCUAAUGCGAAGAGUUUUAUUCCGUCUCCUGCUCGACCCCCCACUCCUGUGUCUGAUGGUUCCUUCUAUUUUCCAACUAACGUAACUACUAUGCCAAAUAUGCCAGGCAUGCCCAUGAGUAUCGGAAUUGGACCUCCAUUUUCUGUGCCACAACCUAUCAUAUAUAAUCCACAGGUAGCACAAAUGCCAUCUCAAGGAUAUUAUCCAAAUGCGCCCCAGUAUGGACAGCUUCUUGGUCAUCCUAGGCAAGCUUUAUACAUGCCGAAUUACCUACCUGAAAUGCCAUAUAAGGGGCGGGAUUAUUGACGAAUUGGCUGACUCGUGCAUUCUUGGCAAGUCAACUGCUUGCUUGAAAAGAAUAAAUUAAGUGGAUGUCUUAAGAAGUUUUAAAUGACGAUAUCUGCAGCUCAGCUGAUGGGAAGGUUCCAUAGAUUCAUAUAUACUCCAGGCAAGCUGGCUCAAUUUGGGAUAUGAUUUUAUGACCUUGUAUUAACCCAUACAUCUUUUGGGGUUUCUCAGGUUUUGUUCGUGUAAUAGCUUAUAACUCAGAUAGACCCCCUUUUUCCCCUCCUCUAUGCUAUGCAAAAAUUACUUUUAAAUUAUUUUAAUGAUUUUAUUAUUUGAUAAGUUGU